UAGUAAUUCCAAAUAAGAGCAGCAGAUCAUCGCAUUUCUUGUUCUCGUCUUCUCCAAAAACCCUCACCGAAUUCGCACGCAAUAAUUCUCACCAAUUGAAUCGUUAUGGCUUCCAAUGGAGCUCAAAUUGGAGAUGCGGAGACGAAGGCAAGCUUGGAGAAGAUCAAGAAGCAGCUGGCGUCGAGCUCCGGGAGAAAUCUACUGCAAGGACCGCUUCUGAAGCGGUCUGAAACGCUGAGGAAGUGGAAUGAAAGAUGGAUAAUUUUAGAUCCAACAACUGGGAAGAUGGAGUACAAGCUGAGGAGAAACGAGCCAACAGUCAAAGGAACUAUAAUAUUUGAUGCAAACAGCACUAUAACAAUAUCUCCUAUAAAUUUCCAGGGUUUACCAAAGUAUGAUGGCUGUUGCAUCUAUAUCGGGACACCACAGAAAAAAGAUUAUUUCCUCUGUGCAGAAACUCCGGCUGCUGCUAGAGCCUGGGUAUCUACUCUACAUGCUACACAACUGGUUUUGAAGGCUCAUAAAGAGGCUGUGAAUACCUUAAGUGGAAAUGGAUCCUCCAGAUUAGGGACAGUUGCUACUGUUGUUGCUGCGGCUAAUUCAACUGCCCUAGAAGCUUCUAAGGAAAUUGAAGCUGCAAUGCAAAUCACCAUGAGGAAUGCCUUGGGAUCCAUGCUGAAUAAGACAACGGAUCUUCCAAUGGAUGAUUUAUCAAUCAUGAAGGAAACCUUGCGUGUGAAGGAUGAAGAACUACAAAAUUUGGCAAAGGAUCUACGAGCUAGGGAUUCAACCAUAAAGGAAAUAGCCGAGAAACUAUCUGAAACAGCUGAGGCUGCUUCUGCUGCUGCGUCUGCUGCUCGUACCAUGGAUGAGCAAAGGAGAAUUGCUUGUGCAGAAGUUGAACGUCUAACGAGAGACUCAGAGAAACAAAUGGAGUCAUUAAAACAUAGGAUGAGAGAAUUGGAAGAAAAGAAUCAGAAUCUCAAUGAAGAAAAAGACCAGUUGAUUAAACAGCGGGAUUCAGCUUUUAAGGAGGCUCAGUAUUGGCGUUCAGAAAUUGCUAAAGCUAGAGAGCGCGCAGUGAUUUUGGAAGGAGCAGCAGUUCGAGCUGAAGAGAAAGUCAGAGUCACAGAGGCCGAUGCUGAAGCUAGAGUAAAGGAAGCAAUGGAAAGAGAAUCAAGUGCUGCUAAGGAGAAGCAAGAACUACUCGGUCAUAUAAAUGCACUACAAGAGCAACUAAGAAGGCAGCAGCUUGAAAACAGACAAGUCUUUGCUGAGAAGGCUGAGUCAUGCUCAAAUAUCGGCGGUGAUUUACCGCUAACAAAGCAUGUGGAUCCUUCUCAAGAAAAUGUAGACAAAGCCUGUCUUAGUGUCUCGAAGGUAACACCCGGGCCCACAGAGAAUAUCUUUCAUCUCGCAGGUGAACAGUCGGAUCUCCAUUCUAUCAGGGAAAGUGAGUGGAGCGAUAUUCAAACCACUGAAGCUCGGAUAGCUGAUGUUCGCGAGGUUGGGCCCGAUGCCGGAGACAACAGCCAUGAUAUUUCUGUCGUAGCUUACCCCAGCAACGAGCACCAGGAAAAUAGGUCCUCCUCCCAUCAACCUUAAGAGAUGUUGGGAGUAUCGUCAGAUCUCCAUGGUAAGACUCAACUACCUUGAUGAUAUGCUUGGUGUCGAUUUUGCGUGCAUACUGUCGUGAGCUAUUUGAUUAUGUUGGCAAAUUUUGCAUGCUUAGCAUAAUUUGAUCUUUUACAGCGGUGAGCGCGUUUUCGGAGAAAAAUUGAGUGCACAUAUAUAUAUAUAUAUUUGCGUAAUGAUCUUGCCUGAGACGAGAAGUCAAAAUGUUUAUACAUGACAGUGGUGUUGUGUCAUCUCAUCGACUAUGGUUGCUGAUAUGUUUAGUUGGUGUAGUGAAAUGGCAAAUUUUUUUUUUUUUUAUUGCCGGUAUUAUUGUUGAGUUGUGCUUUGGAGUUUUUGUUUUUGUUUUGAGAUGUCUGGGAUUAUGGCUUAUGAAUUCUUGAAUGAUGUUUAUAUGUAUUUUGUUCUGUCUUGCUGUUUUUAUUGGUUCAAUUCUAGAAAAAGUUGUUGUCUUUGUUUCACACACACACACUAUAUGUGUGUGUAUAUAUAUAUAUAUAUAGAGAGAGAGAGAGAGAGAGAGAGAGAGAGAGAGAGAUUAUGGUAACUAGUUGUUGUGGUGGUGGACCAUAAGAUUAUGGAGCCAAAUAUUUGG